AAAAAUCGUUUCCAGCUUAAACAGUCACCAAAAUGAUGCCGCCACGAAGACGAAAUCUCCGAAUGGUCUCAUCCUCCUCCGACGAAGACGACCAGCCGCCGCCGCCGCCACCCCUGACCCACCACCAAGAGGAAGAGUUCGGCAACAACAACAACAACAUAUCUAUUGAUUUACAAACAUCCACUAUCAAUUUCGAAUCAGUUAAUCUCAAUUCAACAAACCCUAAUACUCAGCCCAUUCCUCUCGAUAUCUCCGAUGACGAUGAAUUCAUUGAUGUCUCCGAUAAUUUAUCUCCGCCUGAGCAAAAUGAUUCGCCUCCAAUUGAGGUGGGUGAUUGUGCUAUUAGUGGCUUUUUAGCUGGUUUGGGGGUGAGAUUACGGAGAGAGUGGCUUGAUUCGUGUGUAAGUGGUCUCGAGAGUGCGGUGAAUGGGUUUUCGAGGCUGGAUGAUGUGGCGAAGGCUAAGCUUUGUUUCGAGCAGGUUUUGUAUUCGGAUAUGAAUUAUGUGGGAGCUGGUGUGCUCCCGGGGAAUGUGGUGGAUAUGCAUCUUGUCGAUUUGGCUGGACCGUUUGUCUUGCAGGUGGAUGAAAUUGUGAAUAUUAGUCGUCCGCUUAAAGGCAGAUAUCAGACUGCGGCUUCCGGACAUAAAAGGUGUCUUAAGUUGAGCAUGACGGAUGGUGUUCAACGUGUGUUUGGCAUGGAAUACAGGCCAAUUAAAAAUCUUGAAGUUCUGGCUCCUGCUGGGAUGAAGGUGGUUGUUUGUAAUGUAAACGUAAGACAUGGAAUUUUAAUGCUGGUUCCUGAGGUUCUUGAGGUAUUAGGAGGACAUGUUGAGGAAUUGGAAGCAGCACGUCAGAGGCUUGUUCAGGAAGUAAAUAAGCCAGCAAGAGGAAAAAGAACAAAAUCUGGAGUGGUCCUGCCUUUGGAAACUAGAGCUACUUAUGCUGCAUGGCCGCGACCUAAUGGACUCGGUGCUGAGACACAAACUAAUAGUUCAGCUCCUCAUAAUGCAACUCCGCGACCUAAUGGACUCGGUGCUCAGACACAAACUAAUAUUUCAGCGCCUCAUAUUGCAACUCCGCGACCUAAUGGAUUUGGUGCUCAGACACAAACUAAUAAUUCGGCACCUCAUAAUGCAGCUCCUUUUCAGGCGGAUGUCCCAGGAAACACACCCAAUAACGUGUCUAUCAAUCAACAAACUAGAGAAGAGUCAACUGUUCGAAUCCAGCGGCAAUACCAUGAAGCAAAUGACUCAUCCACUGUUUUCUCAACUCUUGACGAUAUUCAAAUGGUUGACAGUAACACAUCUAAUAACGUGUCUAUCAAUCAGCAAAGUAGAGAAGAGUCUACUCUUCCAAUUCAGCGGCAAGUCCGUGAAGCGAACAGCUCAUCUACUACUUUCUCAAGUCUUGACGAUAUCCAAGUGGUUGAUGGUAACAUAUCUACUAACGUGUCUAUUAAUCGACAAACCGGAGAAGAGUCUACGAUUCCCCUCCAGCAGCAUGACCAUGAAGCAAACAAGUCAUCAACUGCUUUCUCAAGUCUUGAUGAUAUUCAAAUGGUUGAUGUGGAACAUCUACCCGUACUAACUGCAGACGGAGAAAGCCCCUUCACCUACUUGGCUAGUCUGUUAACAAAGUGGGCAGCAAUGAACGGUCAAAUUCCUAAUGUUCAAGGAAAAAUUAAGUGCUUCAUGACCAGUGUGAAGAGCUUCCAGUUCAGGCAAAGGACCACAUACGAGCUUCAUGCUUAUGUUGAUGAUGGUAGCCUGAUAUCCGAAAUCCUCAUUAGUCAUGAUCUUGUGCUACAAGCAAUAGGUCAUCCUCCUGAAGAAGUAAAUGCUGCUUAUCUUUCUCCAGACCAGAAGAUAGUUGAUGAUAUGAAGAAGACUCUGAUGCAGUAUCAAAAUUUCUUAUUUAACUUUGAGGGAACAAUGGUGAUACAGAUAAGUGAAGCCUCUCCUCUCCCGGUUGCGAUUGAAAUGAACCAGGGUUGUUCUGCGUCUGAUGCUUGGGGUCUUCUUAGAAGAUUAAGACCCUCUCGAUCUGUUCAACAAUCUAAUGCCAUCAACAUAUCUCCUUGACCAAAAAUUCCAAUUCAAUAAUCCUAUUCUAUGUGUAGCUCAUAGCUGAUCAGGAAACCACAUUCAUUAGAUAUCAAGGGUUGCUUUAAGAUCUGGAUUGUCUUUUUAAGUAGUGCUAACUAGUUCAGAAGCCAAGUUUGAUCCCAGAUAACGGGCCUGUUUGGCCAAGAGAAGCGGAAGCUACUUUCUGGCUUCUGCUUCUCUUGACCCGUUUGUGCAAAGAAGUAGAAGCACUUUUAAGAAGCUGAGAAUGCUAGCUUCUGUCUCACAGCUUCUGCUUCUUUUCCAAACACUUUAUUAACUUAUUUACUUCUCACUUCUACUCCACUUCUUUACUAUAAGCAAGAAGUCACUUCUUUUAAGCUAACCCAAACGGCCCCAACAUUUGCCAAACAACUUAACUUCUCUAAAAUGUUUUUCAAUGUCACUGAGUGAGAAGAAGCCAACCUUUAUGUUCUGGACGGAUUAAGUGAGGUCUUGUAUAA